AUGGGGACCUGUGCUGCUGGGACUGACACUGACAUCUCCCUUGAGAGCAAUGUCAUGGCCAUCACGACCUUCUCCAGGCCUGCUUGGCUGCUGGCGCUGGGGGCCACAGCCUGCCUGGUCCUGAUGCUGGGGGCCACGACAGGCUUUGCUGCACUCAUCUGAAUCAUCCUUGCCCAUCAGAGAAUGCACAUGGUCACCAGCUACUUCAACAACCUUGCCCUGGCCAACCUCAGAGUGGCUGCCUUCUUCUGCCUCAGCUUCAUCUAUACCAGCCACAACACCUGGUACUUUGGCCGUGCCUUCCACUACUUCCAGAACCUCUUCCCUACUGUGGCUGUGUUCAGCAUCAUCUAUUCCAUGAUCUCCAGCACCGCCAGCAUGGGCAGCAGGGAAGCCGAGGGUGGGGGUGGAGUCAGACAAAGCUGGUGA